AGAGAGCGAGAGAGUGUGUGUGUGUGUGUGUGUGUGAGAGAGAAAGAGAGAGAGAGAGCGAGUAGAGCAGCAUCAGCUCGCAUCCUGAAGCGUCUCGCACCACCAGCAUCUCACGCACCGUCCACAAAGCAGCAAGGAGGACCCACGGGGAGGACACCAUGUCGGUAAACUGCGCGGUGUGUCUCGGCCGGACUUCGCCGCUGGGUUUUGCCGGGAUGCGGAUUUCUACAGACUGCUGACUGAAACACCGCAAACAGAGGAGGGAAGGACAGCAGACACUCUAAAACCAUUCGAGAGCAUUGUGAACGCUGACCUCACCCACCAACAAUCAUGUUAUCCAUCUUGGCUGCAGGCUCUGUGUUUUUUCCAGGGCUUUUUCUCUUGUCCAAGCAGUGUUUGAAACGGCUGCCCUGCUUGAGAUGGAGCGAGGGGGAUGCCGUCUUGGUGUCUGCCAGGUUGGUGUCUUCCGUUCAAGCUGUCAUGGCCUCCUCCGCUGGUUAUAUCAUCUCAACUUCCUGUGAUGACAUCAUCAAGGAUCAGCACUGGCUGACCACUUCAUACAUCCUGUUUGCCGUGCCCUACUUCGUUUACGAUAUAUACGCCAUGUUCCUGUGCUACUGGCACAAGUUCCAGGUCAAAGGUCAUGAGGUGGAUAACGGGCCCAAACCCAAGUCUGUGGCUCUGAGUAGCUACCUCCGCAGAGAGUUCCUUAUGGUCUUGCAUCAUGUCGUCAUGGUCAUCGUGUGCUUCCCCGUCUCAGUGUUCUGGAGGCAGGGGAAGGGUGAUUACUUCCAGGGCGUCAUGUUCUUAGCUGAGCUCAGCACUCCCUCUGUCUGCCUAGGCAAAAUCCUUAUUCAGUACAAGCAGCAGCACACGCUACUUCACAAAGUGAAUGGGGCUCUCAUGCUGGUCACUUUCUUCACCUGUCGAGUUCUUCUCUUCCCUUACCUCUACUAUGUUUACGGCAGGUACGCAUCAAUUCCUCUUUACCAAGUCCCUUUUGCUGUGCCGUGGCAGUGUAACUUAGGUGCUGCUCUGCUCAUGGCACCGCAGCUUUACUGGUUCUCCCUUAUCUGUCGUGGAGCUCUGCGCUUAUUUACUGGCGGCUCUUCACGUUCCCAAAACCCCAAAUCUUCAUCUAAACACCUCCCGGUUGGACACGCAUCUUCUUCUCACCCAGUCAAUGGCUACAGCGGUCGGGUGGCCACUCUAGAUCCGUCCCCCACCAAGAUCCACUAAUAAAGACACUGAGCUAAAGAAUACAUGUACGUGUGUAUGCGUGUGUAUGAGUCUGAGGCUAAAUGGGCCACAUUAAUGAGCCUGAAUGAAUUAACUGUGAAGACAAAGAUAAAAAAAAAGAAAAGUAGUGAUGUUGAAUCUGCAUACACAGGAAGUGUAACAGAAUAGUUGUACUAUAGCAGUACAGCACUCUUUCUAGCUCCAAGACUCACGUACUGCAUAUAGAACUGCUUUAGUAGAAAUACAAGAGCUGUGCUCACAAAAAAAAAAGACUGGAAUGAACUUUACAGUUGUAUUUGCACAAUAGGCAAGCCUAUGUCAAAUGCACAUGUUAGAACAACUAAGGCAAUAUGUGCCAUUAUUAUGCAUUAUUCUGACACUCAGUGGGUUAUAAUAACUGAUUAGAUAGGCAUGUGUUGGCAUUGUGCAAGAAAUAAUACAUUUAAUAAUGAAUAGAUGUAACUGAAAUUUUAAUGGAAGAAAUCCAAAUCAGAAUGCAAAUAUUUUUUAUUCAGAAAAGUUCAGUUUGUCUGAAAUCUACCUGGCAAUAAAACCUAAAUUGGUUUCAUUAGUAAGAUCUCAUUUAAAACUAAGAUUAAACAUGGAUCUGCAAAUGUAUUGAACACUAUUGAGCUUUUUCAAGCUCUGUAGAAAAUUCUGGAAUGUAUUAUUUUGUACAUGCUAGUUCCUUGUUUUUAGACAGCCUGGCUAAGCUUAAUAACUAAAGCAUAAAAGAAAAGGUGAGAUGCUGCCCAGAAGUUUUGCCCUAAGGCCUAAUGGAAGUGUAUACAUUGACUUUAAGGCAGAACAUUCAGGUAGGUCUUAACCAGCACUAUUAACUGUAUUUAUCUAUAUAAUCUAUCUAUCUAUCUAUAUACUACUUGUAUAUAAAAAGAUAAAAUAGACAACUUGAAUUUAUAAGUGAAAUGAUCAAAUAUAUUGCUGCCUUAUCCUUUCUGGUAUUUUGAGACAUUUUUGUUUAUUGUUGCAUUUUUGUUAUAAGAGUAAUACAAAAUGUACGGGGGGACAGGGGAGAAGUCGAAAGGGAAAAUAUUCUCUUAACAUUUUUAUUUAUGCUUAGUCUUUGGUGGCAUUUUGUUUGUUGUAAAUUCCAAUUUAUUUAUUGAUUUUUUACGUUUAUUUAAUGUGUUUGUGUUUUAUCCACCCAGUCUGGGAUUUAUGUUUCCUUAUCAUACUGGUUAUGAAAAUGUAUGUUGGAACUCAUAGCCUGUAUUGAAUUCCUAAAUUAUUAAAGUUGCCAUAUGACCCUAAAGCAAACCUGAAAUGCUUGCAACUGCUGUCUUGCUUUUCAGUUUGUGGAAUGAAUAAACUACAUACAGGAAACCCA